UCACUGGACAAUGUGCCGCUUUUCAUGCGUGACCUGCCUUCAGAUGAAGAAGUUCGGGCUGGAGGAGUGGUAGAAGAUGCGGCGUCGAAAGAUGCGCUCGAGGCGCUGAAGAGCCUGGCUUUUGAUGGGACGCCUGAUGAAAUUGCCGAAAACUUCAAGGCGCAAGGCAACGACUACUUCAAGGGAAAAAGGUACCGUGAGGCAGUGUCUUUCUACUCUCAAGCGAUCGAUGUCAGCCCGCCGGACACGAAAUUACUCGAAAGCUGUUAUCUCAAUCGCGCCGCUUGCAACCUGGCGCUCAGUGCAAAACUACGGUCAGACUCUGCGAGACACAUCGCAAGCCCUAGCGCUGAAUCCUACAUCCGAGAAGGCCUUUUACCGUGCCGCACGGGCCUUGUUGGCUACGGAUAAAGUGGCCGAAGCGCUUGACUGCUGUGAUCAUGCGCUACGAGCCAAUCCCGAAAACAAAGAUGUGAAGGAAUUGAGGGAGAAAGUGACCAAGAGGAAAAACGAGGUCGAACGGAUACAAGCAGAGAGGAAAGAACGAGAAAGGAGGAAAUUGGAAACAGACAAGGCGCUUAAUCAAGCAUUUUUGGCUCGUGGGCUAUGGAUUGAAACAUCUUCACGGCCACCGGACAAUCCAGCAAGGCCGCACUUCGACCCUGAUUCUCUUUCUUCUUCCUCAUCACCUUCCAUCCCACUCAGCGGUCCGCUAGCCUCAAGUUGGAAAGCACCCGACGCAAUCCGCACCCAGCUCAUCUUCCCCGUAUUCCUGCUCUACCCGCAAUACGCGCAGUCGGACCUCAUCCCCGAGUAUCCGGAAGAUACGCCGAUCGGGCUCUACCUCGACGAGAUGUUCCCAGGGCCUGCAGGUAGUUCGACUCAGCCCACAGCGCGGCAGCCAUGGGACGAGCGUGGAGAGUACGUCAGCGCUAAGCUGCAGGUGUACGCCACGACGCGGCAGAAGCGCCUGCUCAAGAUCGGACGCAAACUCAGUUUGCGUGAGAUCAUUGACCAGGGUGCUAAGGAUCCUGAGAAGGGUGCGGAUAGGGACGGCGUCAUGCUCAAGGACGGUCUCGUUUCGCUCAUCGUCUUGCCGAAAGGUUCAGACGCUGAGAAGACUUGGAUUGCAAAGUUUAAGCAGGAGAGAGGCGGAGGCCGGUAAAGUAUGUAUUGUACUGACUUCCGCACGCGUUUAUAGGACGGCAUACAGGGGUACUGACACUGUGUACAUUUCGUAGCUGAAAGUCCGUGAGCAGCAUCGCUCGAUGAUAAAGAUACACGUGAUAAUAAAAUCGAAAGAGUCCGUGCACGCUAGAAUUCGCUCCGCAACCAAUUCCCCUACCUGUGAGAGGACAUGGCGAAACAGGUUCAAAUGAAUUUGUGAUGGAAUCCUCCUGUGGACGUACACUG